UGUUGGAGAGCAAGGACAGUGUUUUAUUUAUCUUUGUUGUAGAGUAAAUGUCAUAUUGAGGACAUGCAGGAAAAAUUUGGAUUAAUGAAUUAGUGGCUUCAAAAUACACAUGCCUUGUAACAAGAAAGAACACCAGAAAGGGAUACUAUGGGGCGAACAGCCGGUAGAGAUUCAAUGAAUGUGAAAAAGGAGAGUCAAGAGAAAACUUCUCAAUCGGACACAUCUACAAAAGGUGAUGAUUUCCAUUGGGACACUUACUUGAAAGAGACUGGAUCUUUAAGUGCUCCUGUAGAGUGUUUCAGACAGUCUAAGAUCCCACCAACUAAUGAAUUCAAAGUUGGUAUGAAACUGGAAGCGCAUGACCCUCGCAAUAUGACUUCAACAUGUAUUGCCACGAUUAUCGGAGUUACUGGUUCCAGGUUACGUUUACGCCUUGAUGGUAGUGAUGAUAAAAAUGAUUUUUGGAGACUUGUUGAUUCUGCAGACAUACAACCCGUUGGCACAUGUGAACAGCAAGGGGACUUACUUCAGCCUCCACUGGGAUACAAGAUGAGUACAUUAUCUUGGCCGAUGUUCCUUUUGCGAACAUUGGAUGGAUCUGAAAGGGCACCUGCGGCAUUCUUCAAGGAGGAACCACCAAAGCCACCUCUAAAUAACUUUCAAGUGGGGAUGAAACUAGAAGCUGUAGACAAAAAGAAUCCGGAUAUGAUAUGUCCUGCAACUAUUGGAGGUGUUAGAGGAGACGAAGUUCAUAUCACAUUUGAUGGCUGGAGUGGAGGUUUUGAUUACUGGUGCAAAUACUAUUGCCGAGAUAUUUUCCCAGUUGGGUGGUGUCGUCUGGCAGGAGAUGUAUUGCAACCACCAGGAGCCAAUGUUAUUACAAAGAAUACAGCUAAAAGACAGUCUUCCCUUUCCAAAGCAAGCCAGCAGUCAAUGCAGUCUUCAAAGAAAACUGCUGUAGCACUCCCAACACAACCGACCAGGAAGUCAGCACGGAUUAAACCACCUGUAUGUCCUCCAGCCCCCAAGAAAGAAAGUUCUGCUAAAAAUGUCACACCAAAGAAAAAAGUCCCAAAAAAGGAACAAUCUAUUCCUGUUAUGUGUUCCACAUCUACAACUUCUAUAAAGAUGCUGACCAGAGGCAGAGGUGUUGAAUAUAAGGAUCCCAGUCCUGGGUCAUGUAAAAUAGUGAUGUCUACAGUGUGUGUUUAUAUAAAUAAACAUGGAGACUGUGGCCCUUACCUGGAUCAGAAUAAAAUCCAGCAGUUGCCUGACCACUUUGGCCCGGGCCCUGUGAAUGUGGUGCUCCGGCGUACUGUGCAGGCUUGUGUGGAUUGUGGCAUUGACAGUAAGGCUGUUUUUGGAUUCCUUAAGGCAGAUAAUCGUGGAGGAGAAGUAAUAACUGCCACCUUUGAUGGGGAAACUCAUUCCAUCCAGCUCCCUCCAGUGAACAGUGCAUCAUUUGCUCUUCGCUUUCUUGAAAACUUGUGCCAUAGCAUGCAAUGUGAUAACCUUUUGAGUAGUCAGCCUUUUAGUGCUUGCAGAGGUAAUAUUCUUAGUACCGCAGAGGAUGAUAAAAAUAAACCAGUUGAGGAAGAUGUAACUGAAAAACAAACCACCAAGCGACCUUCUGAGCAGCCUCUAUCUGAUGUUGCUCCUCUCUCUCCUAAGCUCCCCAAAAUAGAGAUGCAUGCCUCUCAAGAAGAACUAUUGUCUUCUGAGGGAAAUGUCAUGCCUAAAGAGGAGACGCUUCCUGAAGAGUCCCAGGACUCACCACUAAAUCCAGAAAGUAAUUUGAAUCCUGCCAGUGGAGAUCCUUUAAGCACUGAUACCUCAGUCUCCAAGAAUUUUCCUGAAGGUGUGCCCUUCUCCUUAAGUUCAGCACUACUGGAUACAUCAUCUACCCAGAACAUUCCCCAUGAAUUCCAAAUGCAGAAGAACAGUGAAGCUCCAAGUUAUAUAGCUGUACCUGACCCCAGUGUCCUGAAGCAAGGCUUCUCUAAGGACCCUUCAACCUGGUGUGUGGAUGAAGUGAUACAGUUUAUGAAACAUAAAGAUCCUCAGAUAUCAGGCCCCCUCGCCGACCUCUUCAGGCAACAUGAAAUUGAUGGGAAGGCUCUGCUACUACUCAAAAGUGAUGUUGUAAUGAAGUAUAUGGGGCUGAAGUUGGGGCCAGCUCUAAAGUUAUGCUACCACAUUGAAAAACUUAAAGAAGGGAAACCCAGUUUUAAAAAUAUAUAAGUUUGUAUUAGCCAUGAUUCUCAGUUGUCCUGAUAAUUUAUUAAUCUAAAAGUGUUUUUAUUCUCUUAGCAGUUUUAGUUUUCUAGACAGUUCCUAAAAAAGAAUGUUACAUACAGAAUUGCAGAGCUACAUUACAGUCCCGUCUACAUCUUUAAAUGCCGUUUUAUGUAUUAGUAUUAGCAUAUUCAAAUUGGCAACUUCUUUAUGUCUUUUUAUUAUUUUAUAGUUUAUUAUUUUAUCAUACAGUUUACAAGUAUACUUCAGGUAGGAAACAGAGAAACCUUUGAUUUCAGUUAAUGUUUAUGUAUAGAACUAAAACAGCUAAAUUCCAAAGGGGAAAGUAUCAGGGAUUGACAAGUUCUCUAGUAAAAUCCAUGAGAAGUUGUCGUUAGAAGAAAAUUUAAAGAUACAACAGCAGAAAUCAUCUCUUUCUCAAGUAUUUUGUCUGUUAUAACAGUGUUCUGUUCGUGUUCUACCAGUUUCCAGAAAGGGAAUAACCAUAUAAAUUAUUACCCUUUUGUUAUUUUUCUGUAUGUUAUAUUUGUUCAUAUUUAAAGAAAAAAAGCAAGCUUAUAAACUUUCAUAAAGUGUUCUUAUCUGUUUUUGAUAAAUUUCAAACAAUUAUAAGCUAGAUAGGAUAGUUGCUUUAUGUAGGAGAUAUUAUACUAAAAGGGUGUCUUGGAUGGAGUCUGGUUAAUUUUUUUCCAAUGGAAUACCUAUUAUUUUAAAACAACAUAGGUAGGCAUUCAUUUCUCAAAUCUCUAUUUGAAGACAGCCGUGCCCAAAUUUUUACAAGAUAUAUAUUUUAUUGUCUCUGUUUAUUCCUCAUAUGGUUACAGCAUAUUUAUAUAUUAUUCUAUACCUGUAGGUGUACAAAGAAAUAAAUCUGCUCUUUUUGAAUUUAAUAUGGCACUUUACACUGCCACAGAGGUAAUGAUAAACUAUUUAUAUAAUCAGACGUUUUUAUUCUGUAAAACAAUAUGUGCAUCAUUUGCUAUCAUUAGUACCUCUCAGCUUAGUCUUCAGGGGAUAAGAAACAAUUCAUAGU